AUGGCGACCAACACUCCAAAAGUCCCAGAUAAUGCCUCACAACUCUACAAAACCCUUUUUUCAACCGCCACGGAAUUAAUCCGCUGCCAAGACCGCGACGACUCCCAACCAACACGCAUGAACCUCGACCGUGUCCGCGCCAUCCGUACCCCCAACUUCACGCACUCCUUCGGCCACAACCACAUGGUAUCUACCAGCCCCAUGCCCAUGCUCCAGGGCGAACUCGGCAUCGACGCGUACCUUGCUCACCUCAACAAGAUGGUGCCCAAAAUGGAUACCUGGGAAGCACGCAUCACAGACAUUGUUGUAGAUGAGACGAGGAGAAUGUGCAUUGUGCGAGCGAGUUAUUUCAUGAAGCCGUUUGGGGCGGAGAAACCCGUGGAAAAUGAUUUGAUUUGGUGGCUGUGGAUGGAGGAAGGGGGAGAGAAGGUCUAUAAGGCGCUGGAAUUUCUGGACGGGGCGGCGACGGGGAGGAUCGGAGAGUUGAUUAUGGCUGCGCCGAAUUGA